AUGGUAGGGAGCUUAUUCGGUUGGAUUGCGCUCCUUUUCGAGCCAUUAGCCUUUCAGGUUCCUCUGAUCGAACCUCAACCCAGACUCAAAGCAGAGAAUGGUAUAGCCGUUCCAGCAGAGGGCCCCUGGCAGGAGAUCAUCACCGGCCAUUAUGCGGUUCCCCCCGUAUUGAAAAUCCAUGACCGAAACAGUGUGGUCAAAUGGAGCUGGCAACGAGAAGAUGUCACCCAACCCCUGCCUCCUUUGAUUCAUAGCGGUUUAUAUAGCGGGUUCAACGAUGCGACCGAUAUGAAAUGGAUGCGGGGUGGGAGAAGCAUCGCUGCCGUCUACAGUGCCCUCGUCGUGGUCAUCAACCACACCCCCGACCAACCCUCCACCGAUAAGAAAAUCACCUUCGCCCUUAACCGAGCAAACGAUGUCCUACACAAUGCCCAUACUAUCGAGCCCCUGCCCGGUGACCGUCUCGCCGUGGGAACCACCGGACAGCGACCCUGGGAUGGCAUUUUGGUCUACAACAUGAGCUCGGACCUCCCCCUCGUCGACGAACCGCCCGUAUUGCAAAAGAUCGAAGGUCUGCGCGCGAUCCACGCCAUGAUCUGGGACGAGCAGGGGCAGAUGCUGUGGGCGACCGGCACCGACGCCGCCGCUGAUGGCUCCGACCCCGUUCCGGCUUACGGUGUCAUUCAGGGAUACCCCUUCGAUGCCGAGACGGGCCUACUCAGCAUCGACGAAGCCUAUCGAUUCCGAUUCCCCGAGUACUGGGAUAUCGACGUCGAAUGGGGCCAUGGAUACAGCUGGUGGGCCGGGCCCCAUGACCUGGUCCCUGUUCCCAACGAACGGGUAUUCCUCGUCUCCAACGAUAUCGGUCUCCAUGCCUUCGAUAUCGAUAAGAUGGAAUUCACCGCCGCAUACGACGAGGUCGUCGAGAAAUAUAUGCCCGGCUUCGAGGUCACCACCAACGACCGGCACGGCAUCAAUCGCCAGGGCGAAUACGUCGAGUUGCCGCAGUCGGACCUCAAGGGGUUCAGUCUCGCUCCCGAUGGAAGCUUCAUAUACACCCAGUCUCUAUGGCGACUAUACCGGGGGAAUUAUACCAGUCUCGUGGUCGAUGGUGUGCGUACCCAGAUCAUGAAAGGGAAUGAAAUCUAUCGGUCGCGAUGGUUCGGCGACAUCGAUGGCUGGCCCAAACCGAAGACUUAG